AUGGUGGACCCUAGGCACCCAGUGUCAGUCCGGGCAGCAGCUCUGGUGCAGAUAGAGAAGCUCCAAAUGUUCGCCUUCUCUGUGUGCUGGUCGGAUGACAGCAACACGUUGGUGCGGAGAAGCUGGGAGGAAUUCAAGAGGCUCCAUAAAAUCCUCAAGGAGACCUUCCCGGUGGAGGCAGGCUUGCUGCGGAGAUCCGACCGAGUUCUCCCCAAACUUCCGGACGCAUCUAUAUCACUGUUGGCGCGUGGAGGGCGCACAGGCCGAGGCCUGGUGCGCCUGCGGUUGCUGGAGACCUAUGCUCGGGCGCUGCUGGAGGCAGAGCGAGUGUCCAGGGGGCCGGCGCUCAUUGCCUUCUUUGAGCCACAGCUCCAGGAUCUGGAGCCUUCACUACCGCCCGGCAGCCUGGUGAUCCUGCCCGUCCAGGAAGAGCCCCCACCCCGCCCUGAGGGCAGUCUUGCCAUAGGCGGCCAGGAGGCUCUGAGCCUGCACUGUCUGCAGCCCUUCAGCACCCAGGAUACACGGGGCCAACCCUUCCGUGCGCAGGCCCGGGAGGCCCUAGACGUGCUGCUGCGACACCCCUCAGGCUGGUGGCUGGUGGCUAAUGAAGACCAGCAGACGGCAUGGUUUCCUGCUCCCUACCUGGAGGAGGUGGCCCUGGGUCAGGGACAAGAUGGGAGACAGCCCUUCCGGAAUAGCGGCUUCCAGUUCUGUGCUUCCCAAGCUUAUGAAGGCAGCCAGGCCGACGAGCUGUCAGUGCCUGCGGGGGCAAGAGUGCGUGUGCUGGAGACGUCGGACAGAGGCUGGUGGCUGUGCAGGUUCGGGGGCCGCACAGGGCUUCUCCCCUCUGUGUUACUGCAGCCAGAUGGGCUCGGCAUGCUUCUGAACGGACCAGAGUUCCAUUCUGGGGCAGAGCGGGGAGAGAACAGGGCGAGGGAAGCCCAAAGCUCCCCUAAGUCCCCCCAGGUCACAACACUUCCUCCUACCGUGCCAGCCCGCCCCCUGCUGAGUGCCAUUCAGAACCGCUGCUGCACCAUUACCCGUAGGGCACUGGGGAGGGACCCACGGAGUCAAGGACAUCCUUGA